AUGCCUCAAAAUUCGGCCGAAGCAAGGGCUGGCGAGUCACUUCAAGUAAAUUGCUUCGUUCGCUCCUAUCAAGACUUCAAGGACUGCGGAAAGAAGGUUCGCGAUGGCCUCAGGAGAGAGACCAAAGUUCUCUGUGAGCACUUGAAGCCAUCUCAAGCCGCGUUGUACAGAGUCCCGACGUUCAAGUGCACAAGUUUCCAGGAGGAUGGCGGUCUAUUUGAGGAGGAAAAUCACAAAAACUUCGCAAGGGGUGAUUUCUAUCCCGUCGAGCUCGGCCGGAUAUUGAAGGGCACUUCUUACCAAACUCUGAUCAAGCUCGGCUGGGGUGACUCUUCCACAGCCUGGAUGGCAUUCGACCUCAUGUCAGAGACCUUUGUCGCUCUCAAGAUCUGCACGCGACUCUCCCCCGAGGCCGACCGACAAGAGGACUGCCAGCGCCGAAUGUCGAUACACGCCAACCCCAAGCACCCAGGCUAUCCAUUUAUCAACCACACCCGACCCGUGGAGCCAAUCCGACGGCCCGGCGGCCCGACGAGGAGCAAGCCCUCGUCAGAAAUAAUCCCCAACGACGAGCGCCACGCCUGCCUGGUGCAGAAGCCCAUGUGGCGGUACUGGGCGACGGUCUACUCCAGCCCGUGCUGGCGCAACCACCACCUCCGUCGCGGCACCAAGCAGCUCCUGUUCGCGCUCGACUACCUGCACACCGAGUGCGGGCUCGUGCACGGCAACGUCUGCGAGGCAAACGUAGGGUACAGGGUGCCGCUGGAUGAGACCAUCGUCAGGGAGACGCUGGGGCUGAUCAAGACGCUGCCGAGCAGGACCACGGCGGCUCGGGCAUACGUCAAGACGGUCACGGCCAGAGACUGUACAGACUUUACGCUCUACCGGUCGACGAGGUUUGACGAGAAAAAGCUCGGCAAGACCACCGACUUUUGCAAGGUCCUCCUGGGGAGCUUUGGACAGACGAGGGUGGCGUAUGAGGUUUGGGACCCUGAGGGCACCCCCAAGUCCAUGUACAUGGCACCCGAGGUUCUUUUGGGUCUUGAGGUGACAUUUGCUGCUGAUGUUUGGAACCUGGGUUUGAUGCUCUGGAAGCUGUGGCGCCGCGAAUACCUCAUCAAUGGAUCUCUCGAUUGUGACGGUGACAACCCUAUCCUUCAUUGGAACUCGACGUCACACAUGGCCUCUAUCGUGUCAAAAAUCGGACCACCGCCCAAGGACAUGCUUGAGCGGGGACGUUUCAGCGGUCGCUACUUUACACCAGAAGGACUUCCGCGCAUGGAUUGCACCAACCAGAAGCACGAACGAACGCCCAAGAACGACUCCUUCGAGGACCUGGUAUGGAGUAUGGUUCGAUGGAGGCCUGAGGACCGGAAGACGCCCAAGCAGCUCCUCGAGCACCCCUGGCUCAGCGAGGAGCUUUGACGGCCAGGCUUUGAUCAUUUUGGCUGACAGCGAGCAAAGUCUGAAUACUGG